AUGUCGACUCCAUCCAGACAGCAUCUCGCCGCCGUGGUCCCCCACAAGGGAGGCCCGCUGGCAGUCGCAGAGCGCACAACCCCAACAUGUGGCCCGAAGCAGCUGCUCAUCGAGGUCCAUGCCAUUGCCUUCAACCCCGUCGACUACUUCCAGCGAGAUAUGGGAUUCUUCAUCGAACAAUAUCCCGCAGUGGUCGGGUCCGAUGUUGCCGGGUUGGUUGUCCAGACAGGCAGUGACCUGAGUCCCGGCGCAGCAACAGUCGGCAUGCGAGUUGCUGCCCUUGCCAGCUCGUUCUAUCACAAAGGCAACCCGGACUACGGCGCGCUCCAGAAAUAUGUACUCGUGGGCGAGGAAACUGUUGCCGUCCUUCCGGAUUCCUUUUCGUUUAUCGAGGGCAGUGUUUUCCCCAUGGCGGUUCUCACGACGUGGAAUGGCUUGCUCUGGGCUGGGAUUCCGCGAGUCGCGGUCGACCCUGAGGAAAAGCAAGGUCUGCUUGUCUGGGGAGCAUCGAGCAGCAUGGGAGCGCUUGCUGUACAGGCCGCUAAAAUCAUGGGUUAUACGGUUUAUGCCACGGCAAGCCCCCAGAACCACGAGUAUUUGAAGCGUCUUGGCGCGGCGCGUGUCUUCGACUACAAGUCGGAGGGCAUUUCAUCCGACGUGAUCAGUGCAGCGAAAGAGGACGGCAUCGUGGUCCGGGUCGCGUACCAUGCUAAAGGUUCGCAGACGCUGUCAGCUGAAGUUCUCGGCAAGCUGGCAGCUGGCCACACAGGCAGACUAGCGAUUGCACCGGUGGUGGAGCGGGACCUGAAGGCUCCAGAGAAUGUUGAGUUUUCAUUUGUGAGCGCGCCGGAAGAUCCCAAAGGGAGGGUGGAAAUGCUUCAAUGGAUUUUCGGAAGCUGGUUGCAGGACAAUCUUGCAGCUAAGCGGCUUGUUGCAAGCCCCCAGAUCCAAGUCAUCAAGGGGGGACUGGAGUCGGCUAACAAAGCCCUGGAUGAAUUGAAGGCGGGCGUGAGCUACAGGAAGCUUGUUAUUGAGAUUUGA